AUGUCUCUGCAAAGAAGAAAAGACGGGAAGAUACAUACCAGCUGGCAUGAGUAUAAAGUUUUUAAUGUAAGCUCAUAUUUGUUUAUUGAUCCCAGACGCAGAAGAACUACGACUGAGUUCUUUACGUUUUCUUCAGGAGCUGGAAUUGAUUAUGAUAAGUGGUUUCUGAGAUUAUCAUUUGAUCAUUCGUUGUACAGCGAAACAUGGGUAGCUGUACAGUUUAAUUCGGUGUCAAAAAAAGUUGCUACCAGAGGAUAUUAUUCAAUUUAUGUUGUUGAUAAUAAGAAAAAGGAGAUAUUUGUUGGACGACGUCCUGAGUAUUUUAAAGGUCACCAUAUUCAUGAAAUAAUACAUUUUCUAAAGAGGAAUUCAGCUAGUGAAAAAGAAACGUUUUUGGUAAACGACACUUUGACCAUCCGCCUUCAGCUUACACUUUUUCUUGAUGAUAUUACUCCAUUGCCCGCUGAUGAAAUAAUUGAGCUUUACCCCAAGGCUGAUCUUCCAGAUAAUUUCAAAGAAUUAUACAAAACCAAAGAGGUUGAUGGUGAUAUUGUUGUACAAGUAAAGGGAAAAACAAUUCGAGUGCAUCAAGAUGUUCUCAACAUUCGCUGUCCCAAGUUAUUGAACGUGCUGGUUUCUGAUGAAACUAAAAAAAAAGAUAGUUCAAUUGUUUUUGAUAUGGAUCCUAAAGUAUUUGAAAAAUUAUUAGAGUUUAUUUAUUUAGAUCAAGUGACGUAUCUAGAUGAUCAUAUUGUACCUCUAUUCGGAGAGGCUGAUAAGUAUGAGCUGAAAGCACUCAAACGUAUGUGCGAAAAAAGUCUAAGUGAAGAUUUUUUAACAGUUGAAAAUGCCCAAACUAUUUAUGAUUUAGCAGCACAUUUUAAUUCGCAUGAAUUGACGGGAUAUAUUGUUAUGUUUUUGAAAUUUAAUGUCAGAGAAACGAAAGAUCCAAAGUCUCAGGAUGAUCAACGUGGUUCGUUGACGAGAUUUAAAGCACUAUCAUUAUAA